AUGCAUCCAACCAUAUUCGCACUUGACCAGCUUAUUACUUCUCUUACUGACGACCUGUCUAUUGAGUAUCGACCCCAUUUGCUGUCUCGCUCUUUGGAUGAUUUGGCUGGAAGACCUAUUAUGAAAAUUGAACCACAACUUAUGAAACUUCUUUCAGAGUGCCUCGAAAAGGCAUCGAAAAUGAUGGCUAUAUCUGCACAAAGUCAUAGGUAUUUAUCAAGUGAAAGCUAUAUCUCUUCAAACUCUUUGCUAUCAGAUGCCGGUCUGACCUCGAUGGAAGACAGCAUAAUACGUCAGACCAAGCGUGUUCAAGACGCGACGAGAUCAGAAGACUGCGAUGAGGUGAUUUCUACUCAACAGAUUACCAAUGGUUCUCAACAACACGAAGAAAUUCAAGAAAUCGGCAUAAAAGCUAAAGGGGAUGACAACACAAGUACUAUUUUUCAUCAAGAGGUGCCUACCCUUGUGUUGGAAAAUAUCUCGACUGUGCCCAAAUUACCACAGGAGAUCUUGAACAAUACCAACCCGACUAAAUCUGCUGAUGUCGUAGAUGUAGACCAAGGGGUUGUAUCUGCUACUUUAGACAAUACAGAUUGUAAAAAAGAAGUUGAACGAUUACUGCAUGUAAUUUGUGAACAUACUGCGGGAAUUACUGCUCAUUUGGAAAACAUGGGAGUGGCUCCGAUUGCUGAAUUGGGAGAUUCAAAUACAAAUAUCAAUUACAAGAAUUUUCAAGCUACUUUAGACAAAGAUAUAUCAUACAUUUUUACAGAAAAGCUGCAACAUUCAAAUAACAGUAUCAAAAAUAAGUUCAUCUUAAAUAAUCCAACCAAAAGCUUAAAUAAGAUCAAGUCAUCUGCCGAUAUAGAAAAUAAAGUCACUACUGUCAGUCCAUCUACGCGUAUGUAUACAUCAUACUUAUCCAUGGCAAGAAGAUGUAAUGAUUGUGGCAAACUGUGCCGAAAAACCCAAAAUCUCAAACAAAUCAUAAAGAAUGCCGAAAAGUCGCGAAAAAAGACACGCAAGAGAAUAGCCGAGCUUGAAGAUAGGGUCGUAGCGCUAAAGUCGUCUUUGAGUAGCACUGAGUGUAAUGUAGCUUCUAUACCUUUGACUGAAAGCUCGAUGUGUGAAACGAGUACAAAAGAUCCAUCUGUUUUAAAUUUCAAUCAGCCAUGCAAUGAUAUCUCAUUUGACAGCAACAAUACUAGCUCAGGUGAAAAUAGCAUCGAGUCUUCAAAAUGUGUAGCUCAAUCUAGUGUCAAGUCUUCAAUAGUAUCAUCUUUCUCACCACAAAACACUGAAAAUAACUCGGAUCUAAUGGCAUUAGUUUCCAGUGUUUCUGAAGACUCUGAUCCUAAAGAAUUUCAUUUAUGCAGUAUAAAUCAACUAGAAAUGCCGUCACAUUGUUUUCAAGAUGAUCAAGUCCAAUUUUCAAAUCCAUUAUCAAGCAAUGUAAAUAAUACUUUUGAGUUGACGGGUAAAGAAGGGUUUCGAGGUGACUCGAAAAUGGAAAAUACAGAGCUGGAAUCAGCAGCAGCUACAUUAGCAAAUACUCGACAGAUAAAUUCAAGUGGUUUUCAAAACACACGAUCCCAAGCAGUGCUCGACAAACUGAUCCACUCAGUCAAUCAUAAGAUUGAUACCACUAAUGGAACAAAUGUAAAGAUGAUGGUUUCUAAUCAAGAUAGUUUACCGAUCGUACUGUCAAAGUCUCAAGUCACUGAAAAUGACAAUCGCCUGGCUAAUCAAGGUUUCGGCAAUUCCAACACAAUUCAAAUCAGUCAAAACGACACUCCGAAUAACUUACCAAUUCACGACCAUGACUUUAUUCUUGAAUCACUUUCAGAAGAAAAUCAACUGGAACUCAGGAAUUUGGCUUCAAACGCUACCACUUUGAGUUCACUUGCCACUACAUUACAUCAACUUUUUAAAUCAUCAAUCCCAAAAGAAAAUCCAAUUAAACGCACAUUUAACAAGUUUCUACUCAGGGAUUGCACUUUAGAUAAAGCAACUGCUGCUUACUCUGAAACCUCUGGGAUCUCAGAAAGCCUUAUUAAACCCAAAUAUAUUGAAAUUCUUCAAGCCUGGAAGUCGAGGGCCAUUCAAAAGCUUAAUCCCAAUUUAAAAAAAGCUUCUAUUUUUGACUGCAAUCAGCAGAUUCAAAAAUGCAAUGCACUGGAGCAAAAAUUCAAAUAUCUUCAAACAAAAAGUGUUGUAGCAUCCAUGGAGCAAGAUAAAUGGAUUAAAGCCUGUUUUGAACUCAUUGCGGAUACACGCUCUAUAUUGCAAAAUGGACUGGUUAAUUCAAAAGACAAAGAUCCUGCUAGUCAAGAAAUGUUUAGCAUCCAGUCAAAUAAUAGAUAUUUCGGAUUAACUGCGCAGAAACUCGCUCAUAAGCAUACGAUGAUACCAAAUCGCCAUAAAAACUGUAAUAGGACGAUUGAAUAUUUAAACAACACGAUUCAGUCAUUGGAACAGCAUAUUGGUACUCUUAUGGAUAAAAUUCACAAAGAAAACCAAGGCAAAAGUUUAAUCAUGACAAGCCUAGACAAAAUGAUUGGAGCAGCAGCUGAAAUUUCCACUAUCUUGGAAACGCCCACUACAGCAAAUGUAAAUGAUACAGAAUAUCAAGUUUCUUCAACCCAUCCAAAAACUAUAUUUUAUAAAAGCACACCCACACUGCUUGACGGGAUGACACGUUUUAACGAUGCUGCAGAUUUGACUGGUUCACAGCAAUCCAUGCCAGAUGCAGCAUGUAAAAUCGAAUCAAUUUUAGAGGGUUUUAAAAUACUCAAGUUGCAGAUUAUAGAUUUGGUUUUAGGGGUUCAAGAGCGAGAUAGUUUUGUAGAGAAACAGGCUCAAGUACUUGCAGUUCUCAAAGAAAAUGGCAUUGAAAUGCACAAUGAUUUCAUCGCAGCGAUUACCAAUUGCAACAAUGAAAAUAACGCAUUGCAACAAAAUGUCGAUAGACUGGCAGAGAAUCUGCAUAAUCAAACCAGUACCAGUCGACAGAUACGCUUUGAUCAAACCAAUGGAUUCAAAAAGUUUGAAAGUGCGAUUGAAAAAAUAACUGCUUUAAAGGCCAUCAAUGGCAGUGUUUUGCAUCGCCGAUUGUCACUGCCUGUGAAUACGUCCAUCAUAUCUCGCCCAGAAAUCAAAUGA